AUGGACAAGGAUGUUAUUUCUCGGAAUUUCGUCAUAGCAGCAUGCACACGCAAUGGUAACGUUGAACUUGGUUUUAUUUUGUACCGUAGUAAAUUGUUGGACUUACCGGUUUUGUUGCCGCAUUUGCAGGUUUUGAGGAUGGAUUCAAGUUGCAGCCAAAUAAUGGAUUGCAAAAGCUUUGAUGAUGGUGUCAGCAAACCUGUUGAGGAUAUUGACUGGGAUGCUCUUACUGUAAAGGGUACCUGCCAGGAAAUUGAGAAACGAUACCUGCGCCUAACACCGGCACCAGAUCCCGCCACCGUAAGACCUGCUAUUGAUUGUCAUCAUCAUACUCAUCAUUUGUCAAAUUAUGGUGACGAGCCAUCAGUACUACUCUUCUUAUUGCAUACAAGUCCUCCAUCCGUAAGCCUGACUGCACAGAAACGAAGGAGUGCGAUUGCAUUAAGGCUCACAUCACUAUUGAACCGGUCAUUUGUAACUGUCAAAAGGCAUCCAGCACAAUCAGUGAAGGUCGUCAUUUCUGCGGUUGUUGUCCAUCCUGAGAGAACCAUUCCAUCAGGUUCUUUCUCUUCAUCAAAUUCCUCUCUUUUCAAGAUUGGCAUCAUAAAUUGCAACCAUCUGUACUUCUCUUCUGCAGUCUACCUGAGGCGCAAGUGUAGGUACUCGGCUUCUUCACCACACGUUUCCACUCAUCAAAUGUCUGGUUCACAUACAUUUGUUGUUCAACAUGAUUCUGUACACGCGAAGGCAUUAAGAAGACCAUGAUUCCAAAGUUUGAUCAUGAAUAAUGUCCAACACCAAUGUAGAGCUCGGGAUGAGAUCAACUCUUCUGCAUGAUGCUUCGAAAAUGCCUCACAAGCCCACGGCAUAUGACCAUCAGCCAGUACCCCUUGUUAUUUUUGGCGGUUGCAGUCUUGCCUUGAGCUGCGUUAC